AUGGCGGUGCGUUCCCUUGAUUCUUCAUUCUUUGGCUCCGUGGUCUCGCAACGCGCUCCUUUUCCCGGCGACCGUUGCGCUGCGGAAAGUGUCCCCGCUCCGCAACCCGCGCGUCCGCCGCCGAUUCUUCGCGGCCGACCAGACCGCUCCGUUGCGCGCCCGUGGACGAUCCCCCCGGUCUGUGCAGCGCAUAUCGUAGCCGCGGUCUGGUUCGAUGACGACGUGGACGAUCCGCGGUUUGCGGGGUGGGAAGGCGGCAGUAGCGCUGGCGGACGGGCGGGGAGACGAGGGGGGAGGCGCGGAGAGAACGCGGAGCAGGAGGGAGCGCGUGCGACCCGCAGGAAGGCGAAAGACUCGAAACGCGCUCGGGGAAACAGAGCGGCUGACGUGGACAAGGAGGGCGAGCAGCAGGGGAGCAGAGCGAAUGGGGGUGAAAGGAUGAGAAUGAAUGGCGGUACUCCCAGCACUAGUAGCACCCCCUUUACUGGGGAGACAGCCAUUCUAACGGUGCAAGGGGGUGGUGUCUGGGGAGUGGGGGGGAUGAAGGGGAGUGUGAUGGGACGAGGAGUGUGUUCUGAAGAGUGA